UAGCAUUCCCGAGUCUUUCGCAACCCGUCAAGAUGCUCAUCCCCAAGGCCGACCGCAAGAAGAUCCACGAGUACCUCUUCCGAGAGGGAGUUCUGGUUGCUAAGAAGGACUUCAACCUUCCCAAGCACGGCGAGAUCGACACUAAGAACCUUUACGUUGUCAAGGCUUGCCAGUCUUUGACCUCGCGCGGUUACCUCAAGACCCGCUUCUCGUGGCAAUGGUACUACUACACCCUCACCCCUGAGGGUCUCGACUACCUCCGCGAAUGGCUCCACCUCCCUGCCGAGAUCGUUCCCCAGACCCACAUCAAGCAGCAGCGCUCUGCUCCUCCCCGGGGUAUGCUCGGCGGUGAUGACCGUGAGCGCCGUGGUGGAGGCCGUGGUGGACGUGGCGGUGACCGUGGUGGUGACCGCGACGGCUACCGCCGCCGUGACGCCGGCGAGAAGGCUGAGGGCGGUGCCCCUGGCGAGUUCAAGCCCGAGUUCCGUGGUGGCUUUGGCCGUGGACGUGGUGCUGCUCCUGCUUCGUAAGCAGUUGAGGACUUUCUGGAGUAAGGCUAGAUACGGUUUCAUCUUCAUGUCGGGCUUUACUGCAUUACAAAAUGGGAUCGGAAACGGCGAAAUGACCGGAUGAUACUACGAAUGGAUCGCUUGUCUAAGUUGCGAUGACGCAGUCUUGGACGACCAUGUCCUCAAUGAUACCCCAUAACACCUUCAGUGAACCCUUCCUCUGACGUGUUUCCUAUGUAUGCGUCUUCAUAUGGUACCUUGCAUUGGGCGGACCCAUGUUCGUAUCACUGCUAGUAGUCUGGGGGGUCAUGAGCUCUUAGUAUUCCGCUUCUGAUGUAUAACGACAUAGACACAUGUAUCUCAAUGCCCGCCUUUCGCAGUCUUCAUCAGCCCAUCGCCACUCUUCAUCCACAUGGCGCAAAUGUACCCGAUAGUCUGCCCGCCCAUUUCUCG